AUGGCUUCAUUCCUGGAGGAGCUCUGGAACUCGAUCUUUACGCCGGGUCCGACGCCUACACUUUUGGUCGCCACGAACGCCGCGUUUGCUACACUGCAGCUUCUCCUCCUAGUCCUACUCAUCGCAACCUACUCGCUGCAUUUCCUGGUACUGUCGAUUCUGUGUGGCGGACUUUGGUAUUCUAUCAAUUGGUUUGCUACCGAGAUUGCGAGGGAGCAACAAGCGCAAAAGGCCAAGGAGAAGAAAGAGAAGAGCCCCGAGCCAGAUAAUGCUAGUGACACUGAGACGGAGGCACCUCCACCAGACGCGCCUACUAAGCCCGCGCCGGUGACGGCGACCACAACAUCAGCUGAAUUAGGUCAGAGUCAGAAACACGAGCGGCCGAAGGACAGCUCUCCAUCCCUCCUUGAACCGAAGAUGGCGGAGAGUACCGAGGCGCUCAGACGCCGGCGCAGCUUAGGCGAGAGCUCCGGCUACGUGAGCACCGACAGUGAGUGGGAGAAGGUGUCCGAGGGGGAGGAGAAGGGCAAGUGA